UAUAAAAGCUACUGCGUUCCUCGUCUCCGCCAUCUUGGGCUUUGUUCGCUGCUAGUUAGGUUGAGCAAUAAUCCUCUCACCAUCUGCUAAACAUGAGCGACCAGCUUUGCAAACUCUUCGUUGGUGGACUCAACGUGGACACCGACGAUGAAGCCCUGCGAAAGCACUUCGAGCAGUACGGUACGCUUACCGACUGCGUCGUCGUGGUGAACAAGCAGCUGCAGCGGUCCCGCUGUUUCGGCUUUGUGACUUACUCCACGCCGGAGGAGGCCGACACAGCCAUGGCGUCUAGGCCGCAUACCGUAGACGGCCGCGACGUCGAGGUAAAGCGGGCCGUGGCGAGGGAAGAUGCUAACAAACCAGAGGCCCUCGCAAAGGUGAAGAAGAUCUUCGUCGGUGGUUUGAAAGACGACAUCGAAGAGUGCCAUUUGUCUGAUUACUUCUGUCAGUAUGGCCAGAUCGAAAAGGCCGAAGUCAUCUCAGAGAAGGAGACCGGAAAGAAGAGGGGAUUCGGCUUUGUCUACUUCAAUGAUCACGAUGCCGCUGACAAAGCGGUCGUUGUGAAAUUUCACACAGUUAAUGGACACAAAGUUGAGGUGAAGAAAGCUUUGACCAAGCAGGAGAUGCAGGCCGCCAACCGAGGCGGAAUGCCACCAAGGGGAAGAGGGAGAGGGGCCAUGAGGGGGGGUCAAAAUGGCUUCGGCAGAGACUACGGCGGAAACUACAACUACGGAAAUGGCGGGGGCUACGGUAACUAUGGCGGUUAUGGCGGACCUUACGGGGGUGGCUACGGAGACCAGUCCGGGUAUGGCGGUGGAAACGGCUACAACGACUUCGGCGGCGGCUAUGGCCAGCAGGCUUCUGGUUAUGGCCCGAUGAAAGGGCAGUUCGGCGGCCAGCAGAGGGCUGCUCCCUACGCCAGAGGCGGCAGUGGAGGUGGCUACCCGAGGGGAGGCUACGGCGGCGGCGGCGGCUACUAAAUGACACUGCACGAUGGAAAACCACACCAGCCCCCAUCCCCUGCCAUAGGUUACCUCCAGCCAGGAUUUGGACGUCAAAACUCAAAUUCAGUAACUGGGUGUCUGCCGUGGAAUCCAGCUACGGCAGAGAUACGAACACAGAGAACCCCUCUGCUCAUAAUGAAGACCUGAAAACCCAAACAGGUAGGAAGGUCACUUCCCAGAAAGCCCGAUAAUAACGAGCAGCUGUUGCUGCCGUUCAACUAGGACACGAUAAGAUGAAGAAUAAAACAAACGAUUCUUUAUUAUGUAGUUGUCGUUUAGAGUUGGAUAUUUUUUAUUUGCGUUCACAUCUUGAUGUAGGAUUGUUUUGUUGAUGAGUAGGAGUAAUACUUGUGUUUUUAAUUGGUUUGUUUUCUGAACUAAGUGUGAUUUCAAUGUAUGAGGAGCAUGUUUUGUGGUUUUCAUUAGCUGUCAUACUGAUUACUCAAAUUUGUAUAUUAUUUUACCUGGGCUCGUUAAGCAAGGCGGGAACGUGACACUGCAGGAUCAAGUUUCCUUGUUUACCCAAACUGUUUCAGAUUCACCUAGUUCUAGUUUCGACCUAAAUAUUGUUCAUUUUUCAUUCCCUGUAGCAAUAUCCAAUGUAUAUUGUACACUUAAAUGUCUGGAGAACAAAACCUACUGUUAAAACACUUUGGUAUGCUUAUGUAUGUUCAUUUUAAAUAAAACGUUAUACCACUUA